UCAGCAGCACAUCGCCACAGAUCGAUCGAGCUAGAGCUAGCUGCUGCUCACCGUCGUCCGUCUUCCUCCUCGCCGGCCGACGACCGAUCUUUGUAACACACGAGCUAACGACCGACGACGAUCGGGUCAGUCGCUGCCGGCGAGAGUGAGCUAGCUAGCAAGAGAGAGGGAGAGAGAGAGCUAGCAUGGCACCGACGGUGACGGUGGAGGAGGUGAGGAGGGCGCAGAGGGCGGAGGGGCCGGCCACCGUGCUGGCGAUCGGGACGGCGACGCCGGCGAACUGCGUGUACCAGGCCGACUACCCGGACUACUACUUCAGGAUCACCAAGAGCGAGCACAUGGUCGACCUCAAGGAGAAGUUCAAGAGGAUGUGCGACAAGUCGCAGAUCAGGAAGAGGUACAUGCACCUGACGGAGGAGAUCCUGCAGGAGAACCCCAACAUGUGCGCGUACAUGGCGCCGUCGCUGGACGCGCGGCAGGACAUCGUCGUCGUGGAGGUGCCGAAGCUGGGGAAGGCAGCGGCGCAGAAGGCGAUCAAGGAGUGGGGGCAGCCGCGGUCGAGGAUCACGCACCUGGUCUUCUGCACCACCUCCGGCGUCGACAUGCCCGGCGCCGACUACCAGCUGGCCAAGAUGCUGGGCCUCCGCCCCUCGGUGAACCGCCUCAUGAUGUACCAGCAGGGGUGCUUCGCUGGCGGCACGGUGCUGCGGGUGGCCAAGGACCUGGCGGAGAACAACCGCGGCGCCAGGGUGCUGGCGGUGUGCUCGGAGAUCACGGCGGUGACGUUCCGGGGCCCGUCGGAGUCGCACCUGGACUCCAUGGUCGGGCAAGCGCUGUUCGGCGACGGCGCGGCGGCGGUGAUCGUGGGGUCUGACCCGGACGUGGCGGUGGAGCGGCCGCUGUUCCAGAUGGUGUCGGCGGCGCAGACCAUCCUGCCGGACUCGGAGGGCGCCAUCGACGGCCACCUCCGGGAGGUCGGGCUCACCUUCCACCUCCUCAAGGACGUGCCGGGGCUCAUCUCCAAGAACAUCGAGCGGGCCCUCGCCGACGCGUUCGCGCCGCUCGGCAUCGACGACUGGAACUCCAUCUUCUGGGUCGCGCACCCCGGCGGCCCGGCGAUCCUCGACCAGGUCGAGGCCAAGGUCGGCCUCGACAAGGCGAGGAUGAGGGCGACGCGCCACGUCCUCUCCGAGUACGGCAACAUGUCCAGCGCCUGCGUCCUCUUCAUCCUCGACGAGAUGCGCAAGCGCUCCGCCGAGGACGGCCACCUCACCACCGGCGAGGGCAUGGACUGGGGCGUCCUCUUCGGCUUCGGCCCCGGCCUCACCGUCGAGACCGUCGUCCUCCACAGCGUCCCCAUCACCGCCGGCGCCGCCGCCUGAUCUCUCUCUCCCCCUCUCCCUCCCGCCGCCCAUGCAUGCAAUGCACCUACCUAUGCGACACGUGUCCUCUUUUAUCACACAUAAUAACUACUACUGCUGCUGCUAAGUCAUCGGUCAAAUUUCCCUUUUGCUGCUAGGGAGAAAUUAAGUUCAAAUUAUCAUUCUGUUUUAUUUGUUUUUGCAUGUGUCACAUACGAAUUCCUUCCAAAUUCGUAUGGUUUGGGGUUGGUACGUACGUCGUAGCAUAUAUAUAUACUGGAGAGAAAAAAAGGGUUAAUUAAGUGUCAUGGAUGGUGAGGUUUAUUAUAACCUGUGUAAGUGAAGCUUGGAUGUUUAAUUUCAAACUUUUGUGUACCGAAUUUAAUGAUAAUGUUCAUUCAAGUUGGUUGACAUUUA